AUGGAGCCUAUGAACGACCUUUCCGACGCCGUUGAUGUUGAAAAUAUCCACGCGGAGGAUGCCAUACUCCCGAUAACCUGCCAUGUGAAAGAUGGAGACUACUUGCACGCACGCUGCGACUAUGUUAACGGUGAAUACAACGAAUUCGUCAAGGAGAUAACGGAGCCUUUCUGGGCGCGGUAUAGUGACUGCAUGCUAUCAGGAGAAUGCAAUCUCUCCUUCGAUGGCUACGCUGUAGACCCGAAAUGUACUUGCACCUGUGAUGGUGAGCUCACAUCUCUUAGAGAUCCGAGGUGUGAAGGCUUUGCGGGCUCACUUCCAACACCCCCGCACUCGGGAGCUCACGGUAUAUAG